AUGUCGUUACCUAUUAAUGGCAGAAAGGGAGGAUACGUAGAGGAAAUUCGAAUAGAAUUCACUAAGGAGUUGAAGGAGGAUGUGGUGUUCUGGGAAGAGUAUGUGGUAAUCGCCAAAUUUAUAGGUUUGAAUUGGCCGAGAAAGGAUAUCAAAAAAUGGGUUGAAUGCAAUUGGGGAAAACGAAUUGUGGUUAAAUUUAUUGCAAAUGGUUUCUUUGUAGUUUUGUUUGAAGAAGAGGAGGAGAGAAAUCGUGCUCUCACUGAUAGGAACUGGUUUGUCAAUACGCAUGUGGUAUACAUUCAACCAUGGACGCCUCAUUUUGAUCCAACUUCGUUGGCAGGUUAUUUUGAGCCGGUAUGGAUACGUCUAUAUAACCUUCCGAUAGAAUAUUGGAGUGAGGAACUAUGGGAGAAAAUUGGUAGAACAUUGGGCAUAUUGCUGGAAAUAAAUUUUGAUGAUGAAGAAGACAUUUGCAAAAGUGUUCGAAUGAGAAUUGCAGCAGUUAAAAGUAUUCCUGAGAGCAUAACCUUGGUAUCUGAUUGCAGGGAAUGGAUUCAAAAAGUGGAGAUAGAAUUUUUUUUAGCAAGAUGCCCUAGAUGUGGUAGCAAAUUCCACGGUGAGAAGGAAUGCAAGAUGUAUGUCAGAAAGGCAAGAAAUGUUCCUAGAAAACCAACACAGACUUGGAGAAGAAAAAUAGAGGAAAGCAAGAAAACGGUUGAGUCUCAAGGAAAGGAAAAAAAUAAGGAAUAUGAACAGACUCAUACGAAAGAAAGUAAAGAAUCAUAA